GGGUUGGGUUGAUCGCUCGCUCGCCUCGCUUCGUCUGGCCUGGCCUGUGUUGUCAGGACGAACGGCCGGUAGCUACCGGUAGGGGUCGAAAGAAGCUCAAGUGUGAAACUUAACGGCCCAGUUUUUUGUCCCCAUGGCCUGAUCUGUGAAAAGGCUUAUAUAAAGCCGCACUUGCCCGUCGCCCUCGACAACCCACAGCCCUACAGCACUACACCGGAACCGAGCUUCAACAUCCAACAUGCCUCCUCUCCAUCUUGGCGCCGUCCGCCAGUACUCCCACCAAGCCAUGAAGACCUCCAGAACUCCACAGGCCAUUGCCAUAUACUCCUACCUGAUCGUCGGCUUCACCCUCCCCUGGGCGGGACCGAUGGCCGUGUCGAUCCGCGGAGACGAGAAGGGACGGGACGGGCCCCCCCUCAGUCUUCACCACUGCUGUCGCUAGACCGACGGGCUCGUAUUGUCGAGUGAUGGGUAAUGGCUCGGGCUCGGGCUCGGGGGCGUUUACUUUUGCUUUUGCUUUUGCUUUUCGAUAGGUAGUAGCGGCGUUCAUGGUGCUUCUGGACUCGGGGAAAUAAAAUUCAAAUUCAAAUUCGUGGCAACCU